UCAUGGAGAAAUUUGAGAGCUUUAGCAGAGGCCUAGAGGAUCCUUCAAACAGUCGACCCCUCACAAGACAAGAGAUUCCUAAAGGAUUACAGACAAGGAACGCAGCAAUUGAGAAAUUUACAAGUAAAGGAUAUGCUGCAUUUUGUCCAGGACCCAGUACUCUUCACAAACCUGCUCAGCCUAAGCCUCCUCUGGCAGUCAAGCCUUCAAGUGAUGAUAAACCAGAGAAAGAUCCAAACCCACCACAUUUAAACCAAGUGGCACAAAGGUUUGGUGUUCAGCUUCAGCCCAUUAACAGAGGAAAUAAUGAAAAAGCUGGACGCACUAAACUCCCUAUCAAAACCAGUAAGCCAUCAAAAGAGGACCCAAAGCCUUCGAACCCAAAACCUGCAUGGAAGAAGUCCCUUGCUCCUCCUGAUAAAGAAAAAAAUCCUCUAGGAUCAAAACCUAAUUUAAAUUUUGCAUCACAGAAGAAUGAGGAAAAACCGAAAUUCUCAGAAGUAGCUGCACUUAAGGAAAAAUUAAGGUCUGCAACACAAGAAAAUAAACCCAAGCCUCCUGUUUCUAAACGACCUCUUGCACAGAAACCUUCUCUAAACAAUGAGGUAUCUCAGAAGGAAGACACUUCCAAUAAAAGUGAUUCUCUGCAAAGACAGUCUGGACCUAGAAGAAAUACACAUGCACACCAAGAAGCAAAAAAAAUGGGUGAAAAUAACUCUGCUGCAGAAGCUCCAGGCAGUACUAUUCUUAAAAUAGCUCUGAGGCCUACUGGCCUCAGGUCCAGCUUAUCAAAAGGAACCCUCAAAACUGUGGCAGAAAACACUGAAGAAAAGGGAAUGAGUGCUGCCAAGAACUUCUUCCUCAAGAAAAUCACCGAGGAAGAAUCAGGUUCUUCUCAUAAAUUCCCUGAGAUGAAUAGGAAGCUUGCUGCAGGAGGACCAUCAGAUGAAUCACAAGAGGAUAAGGACGUGAGUUCUAGAAUGCCCAAGUGGAAAAUCUUGUCAGAAGUGGCCAAUCUGGGCCAGCCCCCAAAAAAGCCUUACAGAGACGACUUUAGGGGCCUGGAAGACUUCCUGAAGGUCCAACAAAAAUUCCAUCCUGAAAAUGAAGGUUCAAAACAGAAAAUACUUUUCCACACUGCUGUGCGACCUCCUCUACCAGCCUUUCACCCACCCCUGCAGGUGCCAGCAGCACCCAGUCUGCCUCCCAGAAACAUCAAGCCCAGCUCUGAAACAAUAAACCUAGAAAAUGAAGAAAAUUAUGAUGACGUUGAAUUUGUUUCACAGGGUCAUGGAAAUACACAGAGGGGUCAAGAAAGUGAUGGAGAGAUGUAUGAAGACAUUAAUGACAUCAGAUCAUCAAGGGGAAAAGAGAAGAAGUGGGACAAAGAAGAUAAAAGAAUGGACCAAGAGAGGAAAGAACAAAAGGAAAAAGAAAAGAAAGAGCAUGAAUUGAGGAAAAAGUUCAAAUUAACAGGACCCAUUGAAGUCCUUCAUCAGGCACGAGCUUGUGUUGACUACAAGGGAGGGAGGAAUGAACUGCCUGUCAAACAGGGGGAUAAGAUUGAAAUCAUUCGCCUCACAGACAACCCAGAAGGAAAGUGGCUGGGCAGGAUAAAAGGAUGCUAUGGAUACAUUAAAACAACCAUGGUGGAGAUUGAUUAUGAGUCUUUAAAAAGAAAGCAAAAACCAUCUGCCAGUGCUGCUGUGAAACAUACAGAGAGCGACCAAGAAACAUAUGAUGAUGUUGGAGAGCAGGACUGUACUAGCAGUCAAAGUGGUGACCAAGGUGGAAGUGGAAACAUGUUCCCAUCUCCUCCUUCUGAUCAAGACAUUUAUGAUGGAAUUGAUGAUGAAGAUGCUACAGCUAGGUCUGUAUCGCAGGAUGAAGAUAAGAAUGGUAUCUGGCCCUGGGGACUCUUGAAGAGACUAAAGGUCAAAGAUGGCAAAAAGAAAAGUGUACGAGAAAAAACAGCCAAAGUCAAUGAGGCAGAAGAAAAUGAAAAUUUGUUUAUGCCUUCUUCAACAAAGCAGUCUGGAAAAGAUACACCUGGAAAUAAGCACUCAGUGAAAGACCUCAAAGAUUAUGGAGACAGUGUUUAUGAUGAUGUAGAUUCUUCAGACUUCCCUGCUCCGCCACCUGAUUCCAGUUCAUCAAAAUCAGGAAGCUUUGGAAAACAUAAGUUAGAUGAAAAUGAUGCACAAAAGCUCAAGAUGGAAAAAGAAGAGAAAGAGUUCCGAAAAAAGUUCAAAUUUGAUGGUGAUAUAAAAGUUCUUUACUCUACAACCGCUGUCCAGGAUUUAUCACAGAAAAGAUGGGGAUAUAAAGACUUGCCAAUUAAACCAGGGGAAUCUCUUGACAUUAUUGAAAGUGUAGAUGAUACCAAGGUCCUCUGCAGGAAUGAAGAAGGAAAAUAUGGCUAUGUUCUGAGAAGCAAUUUGGUUCAGAAUGAUGGAGAGAUUUAUGACGACAUUGGUGAUGAUUGCAUCUAUGAUAAUGACUCUGAUGCUGCAUGCUCUUGAAAUAACAACUUCAUUGAAGAUCAAACUCCAGUUUGGAAUCCCACUUGUGAAAGCAAGAAGAAUCACAAAUGCUGAUUGCAAGCUAAUUAGUGUCUCUUUUAAAUGUACAAUUAACAUUUUUUGGGAUUUCAGCCUUUUGUCCUUGAAUGCUUUUUGUUCUCAUUUAUCUCAACAUUGAAAAUUGAGGGAAUAUAAGUAAAAGUUAGGGUUAUAAUUUUUCACUUCCUUUCCACAUUUCUUACAGUCCAUGUAGAAAUACAUCUUUAAUUAUCUAUUCCCAAAGAGGCCAGUUCACAUCUGUGAAGGGUCUAGAGGGCAACAGGUUUUACUCUGGCUUUUACCUAUUAAGCACCGAAGACAGCCACUCUGGGCAGAACAGUAUUCUGAAAAAAAAAAAAAGAUGACAACAUUCUGUUGUGAAAAGUGGGCAUCAGAGAAGACAAUACAUCACUGACCUGCCAUUCCAACUGCAGUAGUGUUAGCUACACUGACAUAUGCAGCCAUGUUCCAUUAUUUCAAAAGCCUGGUUUUUUUGAUGCUGUUGUCUGAAUGACCAAGUUGCAGAUAAAAGCAAAGUCAACAGGUAACUCAUAAUGAUAAAUAUCACUUUACCCUUAUGUAUCAGAAGUCACUGGAAAUCAAAAGACAUUUGCAGUAAGCUCCCAAUAAAGAGGGUGAGCAUGUGCAAAAAAUAGAACAUCCAUUGCUUUUGCUGUAGUGCAAAUUAAUCAAAAACCUGUAACAACCAAUGUGUCUGGAUCAGUGGAAGCAGCUCCUUUUGAUGAACGAGUCUUGUACAAUGCUGAAGGGAAGUCCGGUACAUUGCACAAC